GCCUGGUAUUUCAAAAUCUUAUGACUACUGGACAUCGUAGCAAAAAGGCUAUGUGGGCUGCCCUGACGCUGUGACCCCACACAGCUUGCUCCGGCCCAUCCAUCGUCGGCCAGUGACCUGCCGCCCGCCGCCGCCGCCGCCGUCGGCACCCUCCGGCCAUUGCCAAUCGCCUUCCUAACCACCAAUCGCAUUUCCUCCCGCGCACGCGAGCGGGCGCCAUGGCUGGGCAUCUAAGCAAAAACCCAUUUCUCCUCCUCCUGCAACCCCGCCGCCUGUGCACCGCCGCCGCAUCCUCCUCGGCCGCCGCGGGAGAGCUCGCCCCCGUGUCCGUCGUCAACGAGAUACCCCACGACGAUGACCUCGCGGAGGAGUCGCGCAGCCGCCUCGUGCGCGACACCUGCAAGCUGCUCGAGCUCCGGGGCUCGUGGACCCCGAAGCUGGAGGCGCAGCUCCGGCACCUGCUCCGGGUGCUCUCCCCGCCGCAGGUCCGCGCCGUGCUCCGCGCGCAGGCGCAGACGGACGCCCGCGCCUCGUUUGAGUUCUUCCGCUGGGCCGACCGCCAGUGGCGCUACCGUCACGCCCCGGAGGUAUUCGACGAAAUGCUGAGCCUCCUCAGCCGCACCAGGCUCCACGAUCCCGCCCGGCGCGUCAUGCGCCUCAUGAUCCGCCGCCGCAUGAGGCGCGGGACGCAGCAGUUCGCGCACCUCAUGCUCUCAUACAGCCGCGCGGGGAAGCUCCGCUCCGCCAUGCGCGUGCUCCAACUCAUGCAGAAGGAUGGGUGCGCACCUGACAUAUUGAUAUGCAAUGUGACAGUGAAUGUGCUUAUUUUUGCCGGGCGCAUUGACAAGGCAAUAGAGUUUGCUGAGCGGAUGCGCCGUGUUGGGGUCGAGCCGGAUGUAGUCACAUACAAUUGCCUUAUCAAGGGGUUAUGUAGUGUGCGGAGGGUUGUUGAGGCGCUAGAGAUGAUCGGUGUAAUGCUGCAAAAUGGGUGCCCACCUGAUAAGAUUACCUAUUAUACAGUGAUGGGCUUCUUGUGCAAGGAGAAGAGGGUGGCAGAGGAGACAAUGGAGGGAGAUGGCGACGCUGCGACGGCGCCGUUGCUGGACUUCAUCGAUGACCAGUCAGCCGCCUCGGAGGAGCUGCUGCGGCGGGAGCCGGUGCCAUUCGACGUGCUGUCGCGGCUGGCAUUCUGGGAGGCCGGCAACCUGUGGCGCAUCUCAUGGGCGUCCAUCCUCAUCACGCUCUUCAGCUUCACUCUCAGCCUCGUCACGCAGAUGUUCGUUGGCCACAUUGGUGAGCUCGAGCUCGCCGGGGCCUCCAUCACUAACAUCGGCAUCCAGGGCCUAGCCUACGGCGUCAUGCUUGGCAUGUCGACUGCAGUGCAGACUGUGUGCGGCCAGGCCUACGGUGCGAGGAGGUACAGGGUGAUGGGUGUUGUUUGCCAGAGAGCGCUCGUCCUCCAGUUUGUGACGGCCGUCGCCAUAGCUUUCUUCUACUGGUACUCUGGCCCAUUCCUGCGGCUCAUUGGGCAGGCUGAGGAUGUGGCUGUGGCGGGGCAGCUGUAUGCUCGUGGGCUGGUGCCGCAGCUGCUCGCGUUUGCACUCUUCUGCCCGAUGCAGAGGUUCCUGCAGGCUCAGAACAUCGUCAACCCCGUGGCGUACAUGGUGCUUGCUGUGCUCGUCUUCCAUGUCUUCAUCUCGUGGCUCGCUGUGUUUGUGCUCAGCUUUGGCCUUCUCGGCGCGGCACUGACUCUGAGCUUCUCUUGGUGGGUGCUCGUGGCGUUGACAUGGGCGUACAUCAUCUGGAGCCCAGCUUGUAAGGAGACAUGGACUGGGCUGUCCAUGCUCGCUUUCAGAGGCCUCUGGGGAUACGCCAAGCUCGCCUUCGCGUCAGCUGUUAUGCUAGCGUUGGAGGUCUGGUAUGUGCAAGGAUUUGUGCUUCUGACUGGCUUCCUCCCCAACUCUGAGAUUGCUCUUGAUUCACUCUCUAUCUGCAUCAACUACUGGAACUGGGACUUCCAAAUCAUGCUUGGUUUGAGCUAUGCGGCCAGCAUUCGUGUCGGCAACGAGCUUGGCGCUGGCCAUCCAAAGGUCGCGAGGUUGUCGGUCAUGGUGGUCGUCACGGCGAGCAUCGCCUUCAGCAUUCUCGCCACGAUCGUAGUCAUGGCCCUCAGGUACCCGCUGAGCACCCUCUACACAAGUAGCACGACGGUGAUCGAGGCCGUCAUCGCUCUAAUGCCAUUGCUGGCCAUCAGCAUCUUCUUGAAUGGGAUCCAGCCAAUCCUCUCAGGAGUCGCGGUCGGGAGCGGGUGGCAGGUCAUAGUUGCCUAUGUCAACGUCGGGGCUUACUAUAUCAUUGGGCUGCCGAUUGGAUGCGUCCUAGGGUUCAAAACAAGCCUGGGAGCAGCUGGGAUUUGGUGGGGCUUGAUCAUAGGGGUCGCGGUCCAGACGGUGGCUCUGAUCGUCAUCACGGCCAGGACCAACUGGGACAGCGAGGUUGAGAAGGCGAUCCAGCGACUGCGGCGCACUGCGGCAGACGAGGGCGGCGUGCUGGGGGUCGAUGAUGACGACGUCUGAUGACCGGUUGGGGGCUCUGUUUGGCGGCCAUUGUUUGCUAGGAGCACUCUCCGGGAGUAGUAGCUAGGUGCCUAACUUUACCAAGUGGCUCUAGUGCCUUUCGGUUUGUGCAAUAAGUUGAAACUCAGAUGAUGGACUUGUCGUAGUUAAAUGGUUAAUUAGCCCUGGCUGCUGGACUAGAAAUGGUUUGAUUUCUUGGAACUCUUACACUUUGCUGAUGCCCCCAGAUUAUCGAGUCGAUAUGGACCCUGCUGGUCA